UAACCGGCCUUUAUAGAGAAGCAGUUGAGUCAAACCCAUUCAGUUUCAUUUUGAAUUUCUACCGCUCAACUUCCUCGAGUGACACCUGUUAUACCUUCUAAGAAUAUCAAAAUGGCAGUUGACUUAUAUCAAUUACCCGGCAGUUCGCCAUGCCGUGCAGUUCGAUUGGUUGCUGCAGCUCUAGGAGUUAAGCUAAAUUUAAAAGCUUGCGAUUUAAUGAAGGGGGAACAUUUAAAACCUGAAUAUCUUAAGAUGAACCCUCAACACACUAUUCCAACAAUGGAUGAUAACGGUUUCUACUUGUGGGAAAGUCGCGCCAUUAUCACAUAUUUGGCUGAUCAAUAUGGAAAAAAUGAUUCACUUUAUCCCAAAGACGCCAAGAAACGUGCUGUCGUUAAUCAAAGAUUAUACUUCGAUUUGGGAACACUUUAUCAAGCAUUUUCAGCAUAUUACUAUCCAAUUAUUUUCGCCAAUGCUCCCAAAGAUGAGGAAAAUUACAAGAAAAUCGCAACAGCUUUAGGAUUUUUGGACAAAUUCCUCGAAGGUGAAAAUUAUGUAGCUGGAAAAAAUUUGACAAUUGCCGAUCUUGCCCUUGUUGCUACAGUUUCAAACUUUGAGGUUAUGGACUACGACCUUAGCAGUUUCAAAAAUGUCUCGAAAUGGUACUCAAAAAUAAAGAAAGAAGCUACCGAUUACGAGGGAACAAAUGGAGAAGGUGCAAAAGCUUUCAAAGUUCUUGUCGAUGCUAUGAAGAAAUAAAUUCAUUCGCCCAUUAUUUCUUGACUCAUAAAAUCUAUUUUACCAGUAUUUCAUAAAAGAAAAUAAUAAUUUGCACAAAAACAUUUAUUAUACAAAAAUUAAUGUAUUCAAUACUAUAAGUUUGAAUAUUUUCUUUUUUACUGUCCAUUACAAUUAGUUUAUCCAUCUGUACAUUAAAUUAUAUUAUAUAUAAAGACUGUUGUUGAAUUGUGAUUUAAAAAGACAAAUAAAAUUUGUUUCAAAUAA